AUGCGUCGUAUCAUUGCGGUAAGGAAAUCGACUGCAUGGCUGCUUGCAUGGCUGCUUGCAUGCCUGCCAUGGCUCUCGGACAAAUCGCGGAAAUAGCCGUCCAACUAAUGUUUGUCGUUCUAGAAGCAGCUCUUCUACGUGGAAUUUGCAGCGAGAUUCGUCUCUCAGACGGUAUAUAAAGCUGACUCGCACACCGCUGCUGGUCCCCCCCCUUCUCUCACAGCACCGGAUUUCACUGUCAUAUCAGACAAUUCAAGCACACCCAAUCGCUCCCAAACCCACCGAAAGUGAUCUCAAAAUGCUCUCUUCUUCAAGCCUAACAGCGCCUUCGUCCUACCGGCAGUACUCGUCAUUGCCGCGUUCUCCGCUCUUCCGGUGGCACAUGCCAACGUUGGUGAGUGCUGGACAUCAUUUGAUGCCUUAUCUGUUGUCAUCUCGACCAUGGCACGAUGACUGGGUGUUUUGCUGACGUGAUCCUGUGUGUGCACCUUCUUCAUGUGCUUUGCAGAGGUCCGUGACAGGGGUCACGGCGACGCACAGAGGUCAGACUGGCGCCAAGACUGCGUUUCUAUGGGCGGUCAGACGGCACAGUGGGACUUGUGGUAUGAUUCGAGCGUCCAAAAGGUCUUUGCAUACUGCAUUGACGAGUGAGUAGGCGAUUUGGAGCUUUGCGACGACAGCAGAUGUUGUUCACCUUGGGGCUCUGCUGACUUUUGCUCAAACAAAUGAUAUAGCGAGGAUGAAGAUAUUUCGCAAGACAUCAAGGAUCAUCUAGGCUGGUAG